CCCCGCCCUACAGCGCGAGUCAAAUCUAGGGUUUCAAUCCGCCGCCGCCGCCGCCACCACCCUCCUCUCCAAUGGCGACUCACGCGCAGAUCAGUAAGAAGCGCAAGUUCGUGGCGGAUGGGGUGUUCUUCGCGGAGCUGAACGAGAUGCUGACCCGGGAGCUCGCGGAGGACGGCUACUCCGGCGUCGAGGUCCGCGUCACCCCCAUGCGCACCGAGAUCAUCAUCCGCGCCACCCGCACCCAGAACGUCCUCGGCGAGAAGGGGAGGAGGAUCCGCGAGCUGACGUCCGUGGUGCAGAAGCGCUUCAGCUUCCCGGAGAACGGCGUGGAGCUCUACGCCGAGAAGGUGAACAACCGCGGCCUCUGCGCCAUCGCCCAGGCCGAGUCGCUCCGCUACAAGCUCCUCGGUGGCCUCGCCGUUAGAAGUACUUUUGCCAGGGCAUGCUAUGGUGUGCUCAGGUUUGUUAUGGAGAGUGGUGCUAAAGGCUGUGAGGUUAUUGUGAGUGGGAAGCUUAGAGCCCAGCGUGCCAAAUCCAUGAAGUUCAAGGAUGGAUACAUGAUUUCUUCUGGUCAUCCUGUUAACUUGUAUAUUGACUCAGCUGUUAGGCAUGUUCUUCUAAGACAGGGUGUGCUGGGUAUUAAGGUCAAGAUUAUGCUUGACUGGGAUCCAAAGGGCAAGCAAGGACCAACUACACCUCUACCUGAUCUUGUUACCAUCCAUGCCCCUAAGGAUGAGGAUGAGUAUUCGAAGCCACUUCCAGCUGAGAUCCCAGUUGCUUAAUGAGAACAAGUUUAGGUGAUCUGAUGCAUGUGCUUCAUGUUUUUUUUGCCGUUAUGUAAUGUUCGUUAUUAACAAUCUUGGUAAAGAGUUCUAGAUUUUAAGUUGCAAACAUCAGCAACUAAUACAAGCUUCAUCUUUAUUAUGUUCUUUGUGGUGUAAGUGACAUCUAUGGUGCAUGUUUCACUGUCCUCUUCCUGAUUGAAACCAAAGUAUGCUUGAUAUA